CCAUCGAGACCGUCUCCUCCCGUGAAAAUCGGGACGCGCUCGAAGACCGGCGCCGUGACGGUGAGAGCGCGUUCCGCAGUCCCGCGGAGUGGGCGCGAGAGGCCAGCGGCCUCAGCUGGAGCACGCCGCGCCCCACCCCGCCCCGGCACGCAAGCUCCGCGCGAGUUCGCGCACGCGCGCCCACACCCAUCCAAGCCUCAGUCUGGCUAGAGGGGACCCGGCUGGCCGAGGUUGGGCGGCUGAGGUACAAGGGGAGGAGCCUUAGCUUCUGCCGCUGUUGCCGUCGCGAUCGCCGUCGCAGCUGCGGCUGGAGAGAAGCAUGUCUGCAACAAGAAACAAGAAAGUGAAGAUGGCCACCAAGUCGUGCCCCGAGUGCGACCAACAGGUUCCUGUUGCAUGUAAAUCUUGUCCCUGUGGUUAUAUAUUUAUUAAAAGGAAACUUCUAAAAGUAAAACAUUCAGAGAAAUCAUCACCUUUUACAGAAGCGGACUGUACCAUAUCUUUGAAAGAUUUGCGAAUACUGUUUUUAUAUGAAUUUAAACUAGGACAUAGUGCAGCCACGGCAAGUAGAAACAUCAAUUCUGUGUUUGGAGAAGGCUCUGUUAGUGAAAGGACUGUCCGGUGGUGGUUUGAAAAAUUUCGUUCUGGGGAUCUGAGUCUGAAAAAUGAGCCUCGAGGGAGACCCAAAUCUGUUUUAAAUGAAGAUCAAUUGAGAGCCAUGGUGGAAGCUAACCCCAAAACAGCAAUUAGAGGCCUUGCAGCAGACUUAGGAGUUUCUGCUACAACAAUUUCUCGACAUCUGGCUGCAAUAGGAAAGGUGAAAAAGUUGGACAAAUGGGUAGGUACCACACCAACUGAUGGAUGAUCAUAAAUGGAGAUGAUUAGAGAUGUGCUCAUACCUUAGGAUUUGAAAGAGCAGAGACCUAUUCUGGAGAGGAUCAUAAGCUUUGACAAAAAAUGAAAGUGGUCUGGACAGUGGCUGGAUGUUGAUGAAGUUUCCAAACGUGUGAAAAUCAUCAUUGCAACCAAAAUGAAGAUUCUAGUAAUAAUGGUGGUCUCCAAAGAGAAUAUUUAUUACUUUUAACCCAGACAAAACUAACAGUAGCAUCUUAAUUGUCAAGGGGUUGAAGUUAUGUAUAAAAGUGGACGUAAAAGCACUCUGCAUUCAUUAACAGACAUGGACCUAUACUUUUUGAUGACAACAUUUGACCACUGCAAUUGCAGACCACCCUAGGGAAUAACUGAAUUAGGCCAAGAACUUUUGCCAUAUCCCUCACACUCACCUGACCUUUUUUCAUCAGAUUACCACCUUUUUCAUCAUUUGGAAGUCUAAGAAACAACAUUCUCCAAUAGAGAACAAGGAUUUGUAUAACUGUUAACAAUACUGAAUUUUAUACAUAUAUAAUUUAAUAUUUGGAGAAAUUUGUCAUUUGGAGAAAGCAGUUAUGUGCUAACAGCACAUAUUUUGGUUGAAUAAAACUUUUUCUGAAAAAUAUAACAUUUUCAUUUUUAUAUAAAGGCAUAUUCAUCUGGUUUAACCUAAUAGCUUCCCAGACCAUGGCAGAACAUGAAGACUGAAAGGUACCAAAUGUCCUGGAAAACUACAAGCUGUCUCUCAGUUUUGGGCAGUUUCUACAUUGGAGGAAUGUAGAACAACCCAAAGUGUAUAUAAGUUUGAAAGAUGCUUAGGAGUCAGCCAUGCAAAGAUCUGGGUGUAAAGAGGGUUUUAGAGAGAUGAGAAGCCUCAUCAAAAGCUGUCAGGCUCUGAGAAAAUAUUUUCUGAAUAAAGAAAUGAAAGCAUGUUUCUAACACCAAAACCCAUGCACACAAUAGACAUGGCACAAUAGUGCUUUUGAAUGAUAAUACUUACUGUCACAUAGAGCCAAUCCCUUUCACAUGUUUUCCGUUCUUAUUCUUUAUUUUUGAUAAAUAAAAUAUGACCUAUUCUGGA